AUAUUUGUUUUCUCGUCAUCGCUUUAGAGCACUGUGAUUGACAAAUGAAUGGAUGAAGCAAAUCGCUCUGUGGUGUCAGAGUUUGUGUUCCUGGGACUCACCAACUCCUGGGAGAUGCAAGUUGUCCUCUUUGUAUUCUCUUCCCUGUUUUACGUGGCAAGCAUGAUGGGAAACUCGCUCAUUAUCAUUACUGUGACCUCGGACCCUCACUUGCACUCUCCCAUGUACUUUCUCUUGGCGAAUCUCUCCUUUAUUGACCUGGGAGUUUCUUCUGUCAUUUCCCCCAAGAUGAUUUAUGACCUUUUCAGAAAACACAGAGUCAUCUCCUUUGGAGGCUGUGUCGCUCAGAUCUUCUUCCUUCACAUCAUUGGUGCUGUGGAGAUGCUGCUGCUCACAGCCAUGGCCUUUGACAGAUACGUGGCCAUCUGUAAGCCUCUCCACUAUUUAACUAUUAUGAGCCCCAAAGUGUGUACUUUGCUCUUGGGGGCUUCCUGGAUACUUGGUUUCAUCCACUCUUUGACUCAACUGCUUUUUGUUAUAAAGUUGCCAUUUUGUGGUCCUAAUGAGAUAGACAGCUUUUACUGUGACCUACCUCGGUUUAUUAAACUUGCAUGUAUAGACACCUACAAACUAGAGUUCAUGGUCACAGCCAACAGUGGGUUUGUGACUCUGGGAUCCUUCUUCAUACUGGCCAUCUCCUACAUUUUCAUCCUGAUUACAGUUCGGAAACACUCCUCAGGUGGCUUAUCCAAGGCUCUGUCCACUUUGUCAUCUCAUGUCAUGGUGGUGAUUUUGUUCUUUGGUCCUUGCAUCUUUGUUUAUACCUGGCCUCACUCCACAUCACACCUAGACAAAUAUCUUGCCGUUUUUGAUGCAGGUCUCACUCCUUUUCUAAAUUCACUCAUCUACACACUCAGGAACAAAGAGAUGAAGGUGGCAAUGAGGAGAGUCUGCAGUCAACUUAUUGUUUGCAGAAAGAUCUCUUAA